GUUUUUCUUUUUUUGGUUUGUUUGUUUUAAUGUGUGCGGUUUGGUCUUGCAGGGCAGCGUCGCUGGUGUCCGUGUCGGCCGAGCCCGUUCCCGAUGGAGUCCUGGACAUGGAGUGUCACGAUCGUUCCUUCGUGAUAGCCGUGGACCUCUCGUUCGCCGGGGAUGACGCUCGCUUUGAGGCCGUUGCCACGGUGGAGAUCGAACCUGGACCUCCCCCAAAUGACAUUCCAUGCCUCUUCUGACCUCGUAGACAGGACGGGCACGUACGCCAUCACCGAGGGCUACGCGGCCAAGUGCGGCUACAGCGUCACCGUCUCGCCGGCGAGCGGACGGGCGGAGCUGCGCGCGUCCUACUUCAGCUGUCACACGGACAAGCGGGACGAUCGGGCGUUCGCGUUCCGCUUCAACCUGCUGUCGAGGCGCGACGGCGACGUGGUCUACGGGCUGAACAAGACCUGCGUGCCGUCGCUGAAGUGGUCCCCGCGAGAGGUCUCCUGUGAGCUCAACUACAUGGAGGUGUCCGUGGAUAGCGGAGUCUCGUGUGCCGCCGGGACGAAAGAGGACAACCGGAAUGUUCUCAGACACUCUCUGCAGGCGCACGGCUCCUCGACUUCGGACUGGCAGGUGAUGUUCCAGAGGGAUGAGGAGCAGAUGGAGCCCAUGAGUCUGCGGGAUGCCGAAGAGCAAGGGUACGCCUUCCACCUUGGCGGCGAGAGGCUGGUCUUCCGCACACCCUACGGACAGCCGGAUUCGUUCAUGGCCAUGGUGAACGGCAUCCCCGUCGAGGUGGUCCACGCCACUCUGGUCUCCAGACGGCGCUGGUCGCUCAUCAUGGUGGACUUGGUGGCUACCUGCUCCAUGCACCAAGGUGCUUACGAGGACGACGGCCACGUGGUUUUCAAGACUCCGGAGGCGCCCUAUCCCGGUCCUAAUGUCACACGGGUCGGCGUUAGCUUUGACGGCGGAAUUUUUGAGGACGGCGGCAGCGGCGACGUGGUGACGGAGAAUGACACGGUCCGGAUUAGAAUACCCUUGGAUGCAAAGGGUGGACUCAGGAAGAGUUUUGCGAGUGGCGACCUUUACGAGUUCUACACUUUCCAUGUCCACCUGGAGCAAAUGUUUGAGGACGAGGACGCGGAGACCAGGCUGCGCCUUCACCGGAUGCUGACCACGCCCUUGCUGCCGCGCCCCCUUUUCACCCAGAACCGAAGUGUCAUCGAGGAGCGCCUCUUUCAGGUCUACCUGGGGGACGUGCCCCAGGACGUCCGCCUGGUUUUGCUCCGACUCAACGGGCGAGAGGCGCUCUACACAAACUCCUGUUCAGUCGCCGCCGUGGCGCAACCCAGCCGCGGCCACGGCUACUUGCUGAAGGUGUCCUUUGACGACCCCGCCGUCACGCAGCGGUACCAGCAAGUGUACGGAACUGUGCAAUACAGUUUGGACAUCAACUACACGCUGAGUGUUCUGCCCGAAAACGAGCUCUACGCCUACUCUGUGAGCGUCACGGCACUGGCUGGCCCCUCUCCCCCAGUCCUGAAUGCAGUUUGCUCAGAGUCCGGCAUCAGCUUCGACGCGGACCACUGGGCGUUUGACUUCCUGUGGUCCAUCGGAGUGGGCUCGGACACGCUGACGCCGGAGUUGGCGGCGCGGCGCGGAUACAAGAUGAGCAACCAGAGUCACAAACUGCAGCUGGAUGUGCCGCUCCACUCGCGGGGCUUCCGCUACGAGGAAAUCACCCUGGAAAGGUUCUUGGGCACUUUUGAGAUCCUCGUGAAGGAGCGUCAAACGGGAGCGGUUGAAAAAGCCGUUACAAAGACUUGUCCUUUUGUGACCUCAGAACUCAUUGUGUGUUCCACUGAUGGGAGGAUGACGGUGGUGGCUGACUUGUCUCGGAUAACCCCCAGCGGUGCCGCACCGUCUACGAGCAACCUACUGGACACUUUCUGCGGCCCCGCAGAAGCCGACGAUACCAGGGCACUUUUCUCUUUCCCGCUCAACAGCUGUCGCUCCAAAGUCAAGCUCCACCGUGGUCACGUGAUCUAUCAAAAUGAGAUUUUCUACAGCGGCUCUGAGGAUGCCGACGAAAGGUUGGUGGUGCAGUGCGCGUAUCCUCUGGAAGGCCUGCACAGGCUCUUCUCCACGUACAGGUUCGAGUCGGACGACCCCGGGACGGGCAGCGUUAUCUUCACCAAGAGGCCCGCAGCGGGGAUCGGCACGGCGGCGCUUCGUGGUCCCGUCACGACAACCAGAGCGGCUCCGACGACGGCCGCGGCGAUGAGGAGCAGCGCCACUCCGGCCCGCAAGCGUUUGGGCUCCAAUCCCGCAGUGCGCUACGUCCGGGUGUCGAAACAUGGCAAACCUCACACUGACGUGAAAAAAGGUGCUAAUGGAUAUGGAUGGCAGCGUGGCAGAAAUGGAAUAGAUUUUUAACUGUAAAUUCAAUAAAACUGUAUUCACUCUUAAA